AUGGGUUUGGUAGAAGAACUCAAAUCUAAAAACUUUACGAUCUAUGCUCAAUGUGAUAAGUUUAUCAAAACUUUCGAGAAUAACUAUGUUAGGACUGCGGGAUAUUUGAUAUUUUCCACGUUGAUAUUGAUUAUAGGCAUACUUGAACAUUGGGCCUACAUCCUGUCUGGUAUUACUUUAGCUAUUACCGGAAUUUGUUAUUGUAUAGCCGCAAUUAAGCAUCAAGAACAUAAAGCUAGCUCUAUCACUGGAGGUACCGGUGUUGGGAGUUUGGUAUAA